CAUUGUAAAUAAGCAAGGGACAGUUGUUUGAGAAGUCAGUUGUUCAUUCUAGCGCCGACGAGCAACCGAGGAGAAGACGACCUGCACGGCACAGACACCCAAGACCUGCAACCCGACACCGUCUUUUAGUCUAUUUGCGUCUUUUGUGCAACUUUCGUCGUCUUUUGUCUGUUUUUUUUCUCUCUCGUUCUUUUCAUUCCCUGACCCCUAUCCUGCUGCUCAAGGUAACUUAAAACAGGAAGUUGAGUGUCUGUGAAAGGGGCGGAGUGGAAGAGGGUAAGAAGGGAGGGGGGAAUGACACAGCGCAUAGACAGCUGGCUCAGCCUAUAACGGCCAAGACCGUUUGAGUCUUAUUGGAGGAAUACAGUAUGGAGGCAGGACCUCAAGAGUGGGCGGUCCGGGUGUAUCGUUUAGCAAGCUAGAUUGAUUACAGUCGAAUGUUAAAGGGAAAGCAGUCAGGAGAUUUUUGUCCCGACUUGUUCAACUGCUCUACAUUGCUCUCUCACGCUUUCUUACUCCUCUUUCUCUUGUUUGCUGCCUUUAUUUCGCCAUCUCUUCACUUUCUCGUCUGUUUUCCGGUCACUUGCGCUGAGGCAGGGAGGUCAGCUGAAAGACAAACACUAGGGUUGCCAGGCAGAGGCCAACUCCAGGCUCCGGGCGGCUUCAGGGACUCGGACAGGGAAGGAAUGGGAGGGGGUUGUGUGUUUAGAAAAGGGGGAGGGGGUGAACAAGAUGGGCUAGUGAAAGGGGGAGGGGUCGAAAGGGGGGACGGUAGGUGAUCGCUUUCCCCUCGGCUCGGUGCUUUGAACACAGAAGCGGAUUGCCUGUCCCACACAGCCUUUUGUUUCCUCCUGGGACAGAAACUGUGGACUAAAGACACUUUCGCUAUGUCCUCCGCUUUUUCUACAUCGUUCACAGUGCAGCAGCAUGAAGGGCAUGGGAUUUGGAGAUGUCAGCAGACUCUUUUGGAGCCGGGGGUAGCGAUGCCCAGCAGAGUCUACAGUCCUUUUGGCCCAGGGUCAUGGAGGAAAUCAGGAAUCUUACCGUGAAGGAUUUCCGUGUGCAAGAGCUUCCUCUUGCUCGCAUCAAGAAAAUUAUGAAACUGGAUGAGGAUGUGAAGAUGAUCAGUGCCGAGGCUCCCGUGCUGUUUGCCAAAGCAGCACAGAUCUUCAUAACUGAGCUCACUCUCAGAGCCUGGAUCCAUACUGAGGACAACAAGCGUCGUACACUACAGAGGAACGACAUCGCCAUGGCCAUCACCAAGUUUGACCAGUUCGACUUCCUCAUCGAUAUUGUCCCACGGGAUGACCUCAAGCCUCCGAAACGACAGGAGGACGUGCGACAAUCUGUUGCCCCGACCGAGCCGGUCCAGUAUUACUUCACUCUGGCACAGCAACCCAGCGCUGUUCAGGUCCAAGGUCAGCAGCAGGGCCAGCAGGUGUCCGCUCCCACUGCCACCACACUACAGCCGGGGCAGAUUAUCAUCGCUCAGCCCCAGCAAGGCCAGGUAUUGCAGGGAACCACAAUGCAGCAGCUGCAGCAGGUGCAGGUCGCUCAAUCACAGGCGACCCCUAUCACGAGCGCUCCGGUGACCAUGCAGGUGGGCGAGGGCCAGCAGGUGCAAAUUGUGCAGGCGGCCGCACAGGGGCAGGCGCAGGCUCAGGCACAGGCUGGACAGCCAGCUGGACAGACUAUGCAGGUCAUGCAGCAGAUCAUCACCAACACAGGAGAGAUUCAGCAGAUUCCAGUGCAGCUUAACACUGGCCAGCUGCAGUACAUUCGCUUAGCUCAGCCAGUCUCAGGAACACAGGUUGUUCAAGGACAAAUACAGACUCUUGCAACAAAUGCUCAGCAGAUAACACAGACAGAAGUACAACAGGGUCAACAACAGUUCAACCAGUUUACUGAUGGGCAGCAGUUGUAUCAGAUCCAGCAGGUGACGAUGCCUGCGGGGCAGGAGCUGACCCAGCCCAUGUUUAUUCAGUCCACCAGCCAGACAGCUGACGGGCAGGUCACCGCGCAGGUCAGCGCAGACUGAGGCCGUGGAUCCUCUUCCAUACUUGCCCAUGGAGCUCCCGACACUACCAACCACCAUAUACAGUGAAGGGAAGGCGAUACCACACCGUCAACCACACACGAACCACUUCAGUCUUUGCACUUCUACGCCAUGUUUUGAUCAAGUUUUCCAACUAUCAUUCGUCAGCCUACAACUUUAGAUUAACGCUUCAUAAUUUAGGUACCAUCCAAAAUACACGUAUUGCUGUUAGCUCUGUUUAUUAGUCUUUUGGUCUGUUUACUACAGUACUGGGUAAUGGAAGGAUCAAUGUGUUGUGGCAGAAAUCCCACUGUAUUAUGUCUUUUGCAAUAAGGCUAAAGUGUAUUCAAACCCACCGUCUUCCUCGCAGUACUCAUAGAAUAGGUCCUUGUUCUGUAGUUAAAUGGAUAUGGGUAGAGAUGAUGCGUUUUGAUUUUUGCAUUUCUGGUAAGGCUUGUGAAACGUAACGGUAAGUCUGUAGGAGGGCUUUUCUCAGCUGUGAACGAAAUUAACCUCUUUAAUUUUUUUAAGCCCUCAUUCAUUUUGACAGAUCAUGCCAUCUCACGAUGUGUAGACUUGUAAACUUGAUAAAAAAGCCAUAAUCUACACAUUCUGUACACAAGUAUCUCCGUAGUUUGUAAUUCAUUAGUAAUUGUAUUAGUUAAGUUGUAGUAUCUUGUAUAGUUUUGAAAUUUGAUAACAUUGUAUUUGUUAAAGGGCUUCUUCUUCUUGGGUUUUCUACAUGCAAAAUUGUCUUUUUUUUGUGUGUGUGAGUGCGUGUGAAUGUGUGUAGGUAAUUGAUGUGAUCUUUAUGGGCGUCUUUCCGGACCAGUUAAAAGAGACCCCGUAUGCCCCUAGCAAUAGAACUACUCUAAUGUUGCCCACUGUAAAAACAACACCCUAAUUGAACAAAAUCCUUUUAUAUAAAAACAUUUUUAAUACCAGUUGUAACUUUUUUUAAAAAUCCCCUCGUGUUUUUCAUUGUUAUUAUUAUUGUUGUCGGUUAUGUUGUUUAGCAUGUAGUUAUGACUGGCAGCAUGAUAUGCAAUACUUGGCUACAUAUUUUAUUUUUGUGUUCUUUUUUGUAAACAGACCUUGGUUUGUGGAAAAAUAAAACAUUUCAAAAGGACGAAAA